CGUCCCGUUGUGAGAAACGCUGUCAAACGGAGCUGUCAUCCGCCGAACACACACGCACACACUGACGCAUACUGUGUAUUUUUUAUCUGGGCGGGUGUGCAAGAAAACUCCCAACGGAGUGUGAAAACGAAGCAGAAAGCCGAAAAAAUGGCCGCAACACUAAAGCCCUACCUGACCGCGGUGCGUCACACCCUCACGGCGGCAAUGUGUCUGAGUAACUUCUCGUCCCAGGUCGUCGAACGGCACAACAAACCUGAGGUGGAGGUCCGCAGCAGCAAGGAGCUGCUGCUGACCCCGGUGGUGAUAUCGCGCAACGAGAAGGAGCGCGUGCUGAUCGAGACGAGCGUCAACUCGGUGCGCAUCAGCAUCGCCGUCAAGCAGGCGGACGAGAUUGAGAAGAUCCUCUGCCACAAGUUCACCCGGUUCAUGAUGAUGCGGGCGGAAAACUUCAUCAUCCUGCGGCGGAAACCGAUCGACGGGUACGACAUCAGCUUUCUCAUCACGAACUUCCACACCGAGCAGAUGUACAAACACAAGCUGGUGGACUUUGUGAUUCACUUCAUGGAAGAGAUCGACAAGGAGAUUAGCGAGAUGAAGCUGGCCGUCAAUGCCCGUGCGCGCAUCUGUUCGGAGGAGUUCCUGAAGCGGUUCUAAAGACGCGCUGGCAGGCGGUUGUUUACAUUCCUGCCGCUCCGUGCAUGUCUUCUCUCUUUGUUUCUUUUUCAUUUUUUUCGUUUCUUGCAAAGUUGUUCAGCUGUUCCAUUAAGAAAAGCAUUUUUCGUUUCCGCCGCACACUAGCCAAAAGUAUUUAGAGAACACGCGGCAACGAAACGUAGUGUAAGCGAAAAUCUGUAUUAGUCCAUUCGGAUUCCGGCGGAUUCAAGCGAAGCGUAUUACGCGAAGGGCCUCUGCGCCUCGCGCGUCUUAAACACCAGUCGAGACAAAUGAGCGCCGUAAGUCAUUGAGUUCAGUAAUUUUAUCUACCACAGAAAUUUAUAUGAUCAGUUGUGAAGAGACGGAAAUAUAAGGUUUAUAACACACACA